AUGCGAUGGCUGGAAGAGGCACCAGAUGCCGAGAGUCUGGUAACAGAACACGUUGGUCUGAUGGGAGUAUUCUUCAACGGAGCAUUUGUGGCGGCGUUCCUCGGCUUCUUCUUUGCCCAGGCCGCCAAGAUGUUCACGCACUACUACUCUGAGCGGAAGUGGGAGCUGGAACGGCUCUGGGGCUCAGGCGGCAUGCCCUCCUCGCACACCUCCUGUGUCAUGGGCCUUACGUCGGCCGUGGGCGUCCUACAAGGCACAUCCAGCUCGUACUUUGCGAUGUGCGUCGUCUUCUCCCUCGUGGUCAUGUACGAUGCGACGGGGGUGCGACUGCACGCCGGCAAGCAGGCCAGCGUGCUCAACAUGAUCAUCAUGGAGCUGCCGCCCGACCACCCCGUGGCCAGCAACGUGGAGCAGCUGAAGGACCAGCUGGGCCACACGCCGCUGCAGGUUGCGGUGGGCGCGGUGGUCGGCGUGGUCACCGGCUACAUCACGGGCAUCCUCUACCGAUGA